AUGAAAACAUUUCAUCAACGGAUUGUAAGCCUUUCUCCAAGGUCAGCAUUUCGACUGCACCUGAACUACUUAAGUUGUAUAGAUUCGACUACAUACAAAGGCAUGCCUACAAAACCAUACGAUUCAAGCCCCUCUAUGAUAGAGAUUAAUGCUAAACUUUUAAAAAUAGCGUUCGUUCGAUAUAAUUUAACAUUGAUGGUGGAUUGAAAACAUUUAAAAGCGACAGAGAAAUUCACGGAUCAUUACAAAUCAAUUUCAUUUAACAUCUUCAAUAAGUUUGCAUCAUACUUUGGUAUGAAAUUGUGUAAUCAUCGAUCAGAAAAUAAUUUGAAUCAAUGAAAUAAAAAUUGUUGUCGUUGCUAUUAGCACGUGAUUCAGAAAUUAUUUGGAAUUCUUGUCAAACCAGCCCCCAAAAACUAAAUUUGACUUCCUCCUAAGAUAAAGAAACGAGUCGAUGGUGAAUAUUGCAUCAGCUUUUCGUAAACUCAAAAGUUCGGAGAGCACAUUUGUGUGUGCGGUAUGAACAGUUGGUGUGGAAACUACAAAAAGAAUGAAGGCUCGUCUAGAGACGUGACGUCAGUGAUUUUGCGCACAUAUGGAGUUAGUUUGUUCGUUGAGCAAGCAAAGCACCAUAAAGUAUACAAUCAUACUGGGAAUAUCGAGCAAAUAUUCGCUCUUCUCUUUUGUUUGCUACAAUAUUUUAUCCGAGUUUGACAC